CUCUCUCCGUCUCUCGAUUCCAAUCCCUCUCCCUCUUGACGCAAUUAGGGCUUCUGUCGGGGAUCCUCCGAAUUGAAAACGUAGGAUUCCUUCUGCGCAUCCAUGGCGAUCUACCAGAUCUUCGUCAAGCUUCUCGACGGUCGAACCCAAUGCCUCCAGAUCCCCUCCCCCACCCUCUCCGGCGAAACCCUAAGGCGCGAUCUCGUCGCGAGAACCCGAAUUCCCCUCCGAUUCCUUCGUCUCGUCUCUGGAUCCCGAGUAAUCUCCGACGAAACCGUCAUCUCGGCCUCGACUGACGGCCUCUUCCCCUCUGUUAGCCUUCUCCUCCGCCUUCCCGGUGGCAAGGGAGGGUUCGGCUCCCUCCUCCGUGGCGCUGCUACAAAGGCCGGUCAGAAGAAGACCAACAACUUCGACGCCUGCAGGGACAUGAGCGGCCGCCGGCUUCGCCACGUGAACGCCGAGAAGAAGCUUGAGGAGUGGAAGGCCGAGGCCGAGGAGCGGAGGCUGGAGAAGCUAGCGGAGGAUUUCCUGAAAAAGAAGGCCAAGGAGGUGAAGAAGAACUCGACAGCGGCCGUGGAGAAAUACCUGGAGAAGUAUAGAGAGGACGCAGAGAAGUGUAUGGAGGAGGUAGAGGAGUCGGUGCGGCAAUCCUUCUCGUUGUACAAGGAGUCUAAGCGUAAAAUCUUGCCUUUGUCCGAGCCUUCUUCCAAGCGCUUGAAGAUAUGGCUGGGAAAGAAAAAGAUGGAAGACAGUGAUAGUGAUACAGAUGACAGCGAACACGAAGACGAAGAUGAUGAUAGUGAUAAUGUAGAUGAGAAAUCUGUAGUACUUGAUGAUGGAAAUUGUUUGAACCAAAGCAAGGUAGAUGAGGAUGGCACAGCAUCAGGUUCCUUUUCUGGUGCUGAUUCUGAUGACGAAUCAUCUGGUGGUGGUUCUGCAAAAAGCAACAUCGAUGAGCUAAAUGGAGAUGGUAUCUUGAGUUCACCAGCGGUUGAACAGGUGUCUGGAAGUGGAGACAGUAACUCAGGAUCAGAUGAAAUUGAUGCAGGCAAAGCUGGAGCACCUGAAGAAGUUAAGGAUGUUGUGGUUUCUGCUGUGGAAGAGGCGCCAAAGGCAAGCGAGUACAAAUUAGAAGUGGAGAGUCAACCUGAAUCAGCACAGAAAGUACCUGAGCUGGUCAAUAAGGAAACAGUUAUUGAGAGCACCAAUGUGUCCAGUCCAGAGGAACUACUGAACUUUGACAAUUAUGACUCAGCAGCAGAAUUGGAGGUGCUUGGUAUGGAACGGCUGAAAUCACUGCUGCAGAAGCAUGGACUUAAAUGUGGUGGUACCUUGCAGGAGCGUGCUUCAAGGCUUUUUCUGCUGAAAACAACUCCACUGGAAAAGUUGCCCAAGAAGGUUCUAGCUAAAUAGACAAGAGUCAAGAGGGACAUCUGUGUGACCACCACUCUACUACAUAUCUUUGAUGCUCUUUUAUCAUGCAUAUCAUAUAUUCUUCAUAGUAUAGGGCAUUAUGGUUGAGAAUUACCAUCUAGUGUUGACAUGUUUUGACGUCAUCUUGCAACUAAUGCUGUAAUCUGUGAAUGGUUUCUAAGCAUCGUGAAUUUAUGUGAUCGAAUGAACAAAGUUGACUGUAAUCUUUUGCUGUA